AUGAGGGAACAAUGGUGCCUAGGGUUCGCCCUGAAGAAGGGUGAUGAUAGCUUCAUUUGUCAGCUCCUCUCCAAGAACUCCACAUUCGUUGUAGACCGUAAUAAAACAUCCAGGAUCUCUGUUUCAGAAACAAUUGCUUCAAAAGAAUUCGAAUUUGCGAUGGUCACGGGGAAAAUUCACUUUCUGAGAGCGAUGGGGAAAGGACAAUACACGAAAGCAAGGAGCACUUGCAAAGGCGAAGGUUUGGCUCACCUCGUCAUGGACGAUCGAGGUCAAGAGUGGCACGAUUACGUCCUUCAAUUCAUGGAGUCGCAUUUCCCAUCCCAAGACAAGUUUUGGAUCGGAGCUGACGACACGGAUUGGAAU